GGCGCAUUAUAAUUUAGAAGCGUUUAGGUGACUGCUUGUGCGGCUGUGUGUAGCCGAAGUAUACCGCAUAUAAAUUGAAUAAAAAAGAUAUGUAUGGUCCGGUAACUUGAAGUUACAAGAACACUCGUACAUCGCAUACAAGAUCAUCACAAUGUUCGGACUAAAAUGGUCAUUAUUUGCGACAUUGGCUUCGUUGUCCUGCAUCGAUGCCGCUAACAUCCUUGUGGUAUUUACAUUCCCGGGAAAGAGCCACGGAAUCCUUGGAGAGGGUUAUGUGCGGUUGUUAUUAGCGGCUGGACAUCAGGUGACGUAUAUAACUCCGUUCCCGUCUAAAAAGUCGCACCCAAACCUAAUUGAGGUAGACGUCAGUCGUAACGUGGAUUUAUCUCCCACUAAGUUAAUUGAUAUAGGAAAAAUAUUGGAUAAAGAAGUAGAUCCAAAUGAUAUGUCGAGUUUCACGGAUAUAUUGUUAGCCUUAAAUAAUAGCACUUAUACAAAUGAAAACGUACAGAAAUUUCUAAUGGAUCCUUCGCAAAAAUUUGAUGCAGUCAUUGUUGAAUGGCUUUUCGCCGACUUAUCUUGUGGAUUAUCGGCGGUGUUCAAUUGCCCGUUGAUAUGGUUUUCAACAGUGGAACCUCACUGGAUAGUCACAAGGUUAAUCGAUGAACGCUUAAACCCAGCUUACAACGCCGAUUGUAUGACAGGGAACUUACCACCGUUCACCUUCAAGGAACGGGUCCAUGAAUUAUGGAACCAAAUUUUUAUAGGUUUUUUCCUUGAUUACUUUUAUGUGCCCAAAGAAGAUAAAUUAUAUAACGCAUUAUUCGGACCAGCAGCAGCUGUAAGAGGAAUAUCGUUGCCUUUAUAUAAUGAUGUAAGAUUCAACGCGUCCCUGAUGUUGGGCAAUUCACAUGUUUCGCUGGGACAAGCAACUAGAUUGCCCCAAAGCUAUAAGCCAAUAGCAGGAUAUCAUAUCGACCCCGAUGUUAAACCUCUGCCGGAGGAUUUGAAAAAAAUCUUCGAUAACGAGAAGCGUGGCAUUAUAUACUUCAGCAUGGGCUCUAACUUAAAAAGUAAAGAUUUACCGGAAAAAUUAAAGAAAGAUUUAUUGAAAAUGUUUGGAACACUGAAAUAUACCGUCCUUUGGAAAUUUGAAGAAAUACUUCCGGAUUUACCCAGAAAUGUUCACAUCGUAAAAUGGGCACCUCAGCCCAGCAUUUUGGCUCAUCCAAAAACGAUUCUGUUUGUAACCCACGGAGGCCUGCUGUCAACUACUGAGACUGUUCACUUUGGAGUGCCUAUCAUCGGUAUACCAGUAUUUGCAGAUCAAUUUAACAAUGUCGACAGAGCCGUAAAUAAAGGUUUCGCAAAGCGAGUCGACCUCACCUAUACGAUAGCUGAUGAUCUAAAAGUAGCUAUUGUGGAAAUCACUAGCAAUCCCCGGUAUGCAGCGAAAGUGAAGGAGUUAUCCCUAAUAUACCACGAUCGCCCAGUGUCUCCAGGCAAGGAACUGGUGCACUGGGUUGAGCAUGUUAUCAAAACUAAAGGGGCGCCACACCUGCGCUCACCAGCACUGUAUGUACCUUGGUACCAGAAAAUGUACCUUGAUCUUGCUGCCCUUCUAUUGGCUGGAUUAAUAGCUAUUAAAAUAGUUUUAAAACGAUUGUUUUGUUCGAAGAAGAGUAUAACUUCUGAAAAGAAAUAUAACUAAAAAGAGCAUUUGUAAGUGUAUGUAUUUGGGAAAUAAAGACAAUUUUAAAACGGAUUUUGUGUUAAGAAAUUUCUAAACACACAAAUUCUGGAAACGGCCGAUUCUUUAAAUGGCAGAGUCUGAAAAUGACGGAAUUUGCACAAUAAGCCGGGCAAAUAAAUUGCACGUUUUGGAAUGAUUUUGUAUACAUUUUUACUUAUGGACCAACUAAUAUGCACAACUAGUUGUGUUAUAACGUAUACAUACGUUAUAAUGACUUGAAUCAAACACCAAACUGUUAAGCGUAAAAUAAUAGUCGAUUCUAUUCUAUUCUAAAUGAGGAACAUACAUACUCGUAUGUACGCAAAAUGGGUCGGAGUGCUCUUGAGUGUCACUAAAUGUGUUACCCCAGUGAAUUCGGGUUGGUAUUUAGUAUUAUCUAUAUGUAGGUAUAUUGAUGUUUUUUUUGAAAAUUUGAUUGACAAAACUUUUCGAUAUUUUUCUUUACUUUCAAAUAUAAGAAAUG